CACCACCAUCAGAAAAUUUCUUGAACACGACGAUAGAGCAACAUCUACGCACCAUACUCAUGACUAAAGUGUUCAAGGGAAGAAGGGGGGUAGCGUUCGGUUUCAACCCAUACAUAUGCGUAGAACGGUGACUAAUUGCCUCAAAAACUGUCCAGGACGUUCUCGGAAUCUCUUGACUGAAAUACUCGCUGGUGCUGGGGGCCAUUCGUCGCCUGAAGCAAUUCUGAGAACUCAUGCCACCCUACCUUACGUACCCACAACGACGCGGCUCGUGAACAACGGGGACGACGGGAUUCGAGAAGAUACCAACGUGGAAUAAAAGAUUUGUCUUGGUCAGACCCGAAAGAUGAGCGCAAGGAGAGAGAACCCCGGAAGACUUCUCAAUGGCGCAAUCGUCAGCGAUGAGGGCGGUUAAUGUUUCUAGGAUCAUGACUUCAUACAUAGAAAUCGAGCCAGCUAGACAAUCCAGCAACGUGGGUGCACAUGGAAGGCGAUGGGCAAGGUCGCGAUGCUGAGUUGACAAUCACCACAUAGGAUCUCAACGCAUUACAACCCAAGGAAAUGUCUUUUCUCUUCCUCAACGAUCUCAACACUGCUUGGAAGAUGUUCGCCAGUCGACCCAAAAGGCUCCAGCCGACUUGACCUUCCUCUAUCCCACCAUACGACCAUCGCCUCAUCGCUCGUGCGGGUAUAAUCCACGGAAGCUGCUUUCGUCGUCUAUGCCAUCCCAUCUUGUUUCUGGAAUUAAUCAAGCAUCCUGUCCAAAGAAAGCAACGGCAACUUCUCAAAGUCGUUACGUGACAACCCUCGAUAAUCUCUGUCUUUCUUCAGACCCACUUUCACCGCUAUCCAUCACAUCCUCUUUUUAUGGUGCCGU